UCUUAUCAUUUUAUUUUUUUUUAAAUAAAAAUUUAUAUUAUGUUAUUACAACAAAUAACCACAGUUUAAAUAAAAAUGUAUCUAAUCUGUAUAUUAUAACUUAAAAAGUAUAACAUUUAAUUUUCAUUUUAAACUGUUUUUGUACUUUAUUAUUAUUACUUGCUAGGUACUUCGUAAUUAGUUUUAGUUAUAGUUUCACUACUCUUCCUGCCAGUAACCUUGUUUGUAAUUAGUGUAAUUAAUAUGAAAAAGAGAGUCGUAAUAACAGGCAUGGGUGCCAUUUGCUCAGCCGGUCUUGGUAAAACUACAUGUUGGAAUAACGUUUUACUUGGAAAAUCAUUUGUAAGAAAACUGGACAGCGAUUUGUACAAAAAUAUACCAUCGAAAAUCGCCGCCACCCUGGACGGACUCAGUCUACCCGAUACCAUACCCAAAAGUAAGUUGCGUUCAAUGGCUCCAUCGACACGUUUAGCUUUACUGGCGGCGCAAGAAGCCAUUAAUGAUUCCAAGCUUUUUGACCAGUCCGUCGACAGGGAAAACAUCGGAGUCAGCGUAGGAAUCGGAAUGGUAGACCUGGAAGACGUGUGUCGCACGGCCAAAGCUCUAGAAUCCAGCUACAGUCGGGUUAGCCCUUAUUUUGUACCAAGGAUUCUGAUCAAUAUGGCUGCCGGCCAUAUCAGUAUGGAAUACGGAUGUCAGGGACCUAACCACGCAGUGUCCACCGCCUGUGCUACCGGAGCUCACGCCAUCGGCGACGGUUUUCGUUUUAUACAACACGGUCAAGCCGUAGCAAUGAUUUGUGGAGCCGCCGAAUCGUGCAUAAGCCCAUUAUCGAUGGCUGCGUUCUGUAGAUUACGAGCGUUAUCCACUCAAAACGAUACGCCCGAAUCAGCAUCAAGGCCGUUUGACAAUAGUAGAGAUGGAUUUGUAAUGGGUGAAGGUUCGGCGAUUUUGAUUUUAGAAGAACUUCAACACGCGCUUGGUAGAAAUGCUCAAAUUUAUGGAGAAAUUGUCGGCUACGGCAUGUCAGGCGAUGCGGCACAUUUGACUUCUCCGCCUGUCGAUGGACAAGGAGCCUAUUUGGCCAUGGAUAGAGCUGUCCGUGAUGCAAAUAUCGACAAAACUCAAAUCACCUACGUCAAUGCCCACGCCACUUCUACUCCUGUUGGAGAUUCGAUAGAACUAACAGCGAUAAAUAGACUCUUUGGCGAACACAGCAAAAACAUACACGUAUCGUCCACAAAAGGGGCACACGGCCAUUUAUUGGGUUCUGCUGGCAAUUUGGAAAGCGUCUUCACCGUCAUGGCUUGCGACGAGGGCGUUAUACCGCCGACGGCAAAUUUAAUCAACAUCUGUAAAGAAGCUGAACGUUUGAUUUGCGUUUCCGAAAAUUCAGUAAAUUGGCGAGAGGAGAAAAGAUACGCAUUGAAAAAUGCCUUUGGUUUUGGAGGUACCAACGCGAGCCUCUGCUUUUCCAACUAUGUCCUAUAAGAGUCCAAUUAAAGAAUAAACAAGGUAAAAUGUAUUGAAUAUUAAUUUUAAUUAACUAAAUGGAUCGCAGAACGCCAAUGCUGUGAGUGCUUUUUGAUGACCUUCGUAUUCACGUUCGAUGUUGCCCGUUUCGACGUUCCACAAUCUUGCCAUGCCGUCUGACGAAGCUGAAAAAUAAAACAGGGUUAAAUGGUGGAAAAAUGUACUUAAAAAACCAAUAUUGUUUGGUUGAUAAAACUAUUUAGAAAUAGAAUAGUUAUCUGGUUUUAAGUAUUAGUUUAUUUUUUAAAAACCAAUAAAAAUGUGUUCAAACAUAAAUUCUAUAUGUUUUAUAAAAACAAAUAAUUUUAUUUAUUUAUUUAUUUAGUAAAUGGAAAUGUAUUUAAUAUUUUUAAAUAAAAAUUUACUUCUAGUCAAUAACACGUUUGUCAUUUUCUAUUUUUUACUGUAUCAGGCC